CAAGCUGAGACAGGUGCUGAGCACAGCAGGCACAACAGAACGACAGCUGUUUGGUCAACAGAAAAAGAUGCUCAGGGCCUGACAUCACUGCAGGGGAGGAGCAGUGGGUUUAGAAGGAGCUGACAGAAGGACUGCUACCAUGGCUGAUGGAAAGGGAUUCACCUGUCUUAUGGUCAUUCUCAUCCUGGGGAAUAUAUUUGGAGCUGCAGCAGGUCUUGCCCUUUGUGCUCUAGCCAUCUGGGUUGCAGUAGAUCAAUUCAAGCUCUACCCUAUAUCUGGUGUGUCGGGGAAAGAUGACAUCUUUGCCGGGGCCUGGAUUGCCAUUUUCACAGGCUUUGCCUUCUUCUGCAUGUGUGUCUUUGGUAUCUUGGCUGCUGCGAAGAAGAGCCGUGCCUUAAUGCUAACAUAUCUGAUCCUGAUGUUGAUCAUCUACAUAUUUGAGUGUGCCUCGUGUAUCACUGCAGUCACCCACAGAGACUAUCUGGUUGGAAACAGUAAUCUGGUGAAGAAGCAGAUGCUGAAGUACUAUGCUGCCGAUGGUGACUCUGGCAGUCGGAUCACACUGACAUGGAACAAAGUGAUGAAAGAGGUGGAGUGUUGUGGAACGGAUGGCCCAGUGGACUGGAUAGAGUACAACUCCACCUUCAGGGAGAAGUUUGGUACAGACUACCCCUGGCCCACCCACUGCUGCAAGAGGAAGAACAACUACGAGGUGGUGAAUGUGGAGGCCUGCAAGAACGGCCAGAACACCACCAUGUUCACUAAGGGCUGCUUCAACCACAUUGUGUCUGUGUUCAGUCGAUAUACAUGGGCUAUCAGCUGGUAUGGUUUCGCUGUGCUAAUGUUUAUGUUCUGGCUGUUGAUCCUGGCCAUGGUGUACUACCUGAUGCUGUGAGGAGUCUGGAGGUGAUGUCUCUAACCAUGUUUUAUACUUUCUGCUGAAGCAACACCAACCCUCACUUCAGCAACUACCUCAUUUCUUAAAUAACAAAUUACUGUGGGAAUGAUAACAGAAAAGUUUUCUGAUAUAUAGAGAAUGAACACUGUGUAGGGAUUCAAAUGUAUAUAUAUAUUUAAUGGUUUAUUGUACUGUAAAUGCCAGAUGAACAAAUGUGGAUUGGCCUGAGAAUUUCAAUGUCCUAACUGCUUUGGUAAUGGGAUAUAUAUAUAUAUAUAGUUCUUGUCAUUAAUUGUACAGUACCAGUCACACCUACUGAUUCCAGCCUGUUUCUUUAUUUGUACUAUUUUCUACAUU